UGUGGAAUAAGACACUUAUGUGAUCCGGUGUACCGACACGCUACUUUGCGUGGGCAAUUAGAAAAACAUUUUUACUACAACAGUUGAGUGGGGCAUUGUUCGCAGACCCGGACUUUGUCGGGGAAAGCUUUAUUUCUGGCCGUGCUUUUAUUUCGCUGUUUCUGACGCUCCGGUGUACCAGCUGAGCCGGGUGAAAUUACACCUCCAGGACUUUUUUUGUCAACUAACUCAAAAGAAAAGUCACCAUGGCAGAGACGUCGGCAGCUCCGGCCAAAGCCAAGAAGGCAUCCAAGCCCAAGAAACCAGCUUCUCAUCCGAAAUACUCGGAUAUGAUCAAAGCAGCAAUCGUUAACGACGCCAGCCGGAGCGGAGCGUCCCGUCAGUCCAUCCAGAAGUACGUGAAGAAGAACUACAAGGUGGGCGACAAUGUCGAUGUACAGAUUAAAUUGGCCCUGAAGAGGCUGGUGGCAGCCGGGACUCUGCGCCAAAUCAAAGGCAUCGGUGCGUCCGGAUCCUUCAGGCUGACCAAACCAGAGGACUCCAAAAAACCAAACAAGGCAGCGGCAUCUGCCAAACCAAAGAAGGCGGCGAAGCCCACCAAACCCAAGAAGGCAGUCAAGCCCAAGAAGGUGUCCAAAACGCCGGAGAAGCCCAAGAAGGCAGCUGCAAAGAAAGUGAAAAGGGUCGCGAAAAAGGCGACCCCCACGAAAGCCAAAAAGGCACCAGUUAAGAAAUCCAAGGCAGCGAAGCCCAAGCCAAAACCAGCAAAGAAGGCAACCAAGCCCAAGCCAAAACCAGCAAAGAAGGCAACCAAAACAGCCAGAAAGAAGUGAAAGGACAAUAUCAGAGAGACAAAGUCACUGUAAAUACUUAAGGAAAUGUUUUCGUAUAUGUAUUAUUUUUGUAAGGUCUCAUGCAAACUUAUGCUGUUUUUACCAGUAGUUUUCUCCCCAUUGCACUAUUGCCUAUAGAUGCUGUAGAAAUACUUGUGAGCAUUUUUAUUUGCCGUUAAUAAUUCUGUUCAUUUCUGUCUGAUCCUUGGAUACAAAUAGGCUAGUCUAGGGUCUUGCUGAAAAGAAGAAAAAAUGUAUAUACAGUUCAACUAUUGAAUAGUUAUUGUUAACUGCACGGGGUCAUACCGAAAAUACAAAUGUGUCAACGGUGGGCAUUGUCGAGCCUUUACAAUGUACAGAGCAGCGGCAGUGGACGUCAGCAAGAUUUUCCUAAAGGCUCUAUAGUUGUCGUUCGAGCCCCAUUCUGUACAUUUCCUCAUGUUCAGACGACUCACUAUACAAACAUCUCACUGCAUUCAUUCACUUUUAAAGAGACUGUUUCUACUGCACUUCAAUAAACCUUUGUCAUCUUCU